UCCUCAGAAUCUCCCAGUCACCUCUUCGAGUCUGUACGGGGACCAGCGCGUGGAUUUGUCCCGAUCGUGUACACCUCGACGUUUUCCCGCUACCGGCGCGCAGCAACGAUCGCGCCGAUCGAUCGAUCGCCUACCCAGGAUGACGAGGGGGACGCAAGUCGAGGACGCGGACGAUUGACAGAAUGAUGAGGAUGUUAUCUUAUGACUGGUGGUGAAACACGGUAACAUCGAUUGUGUGGGAAAAUGGCUUUGACCGUCGUGCCCUCGGCCCGCGUUUUCAACGGAAACGUGGGGACGCAGGCCUUCGUUUCCGGCUCGACAGGCACGAAAUGCCUUUGCUGCCCUUACGGCUAUCACAUCGACCUGGACUUCGUGCGAUACUGCGAGGCAGUCGCGGCAGGAAGUGCCGGCGAUAGGUCUAGCAUCGAGAGACGUAAGAAAAGGGAGCGUCGGAGGCAAUGUCAGUCGAUGGAGGUUCUCCUCGGUCUGGUGAGUCCAACCCUCGCCGGAAUAGAGGCCGAUUUGACGAAAAUACCACAGGGACCUGCAACGACGAACGGCGUGACGAGUUCGCCGAGGUCGAGCCACGACAAGCCAGGAUACGUGCAAGUACCGACGGCCCUCGACCUCAGCGACGUGGUGGGCGACUUCGAGGCGACCCUGAGACGUUCCUCCAGAUCCGCCAACACUUCCGACAAACAGGAACGCACUGAGAACGAUGGAACGAACACGGCGACGCCAGUGCAAAACAACGCGCCGACGGAGCACACAGGGGGUGAUUUCGAUAACGCGAGCGUCGGAAGUGGAAACUCGAAUUUCAGUACAGGCGCGUUACAGAAUAUCCGAGAGCAAAUGGCGGCGUCGUUAGAACGGAUGAGGGAGUUGGAGGAACAGGUCAAGGCAAUUCCCAUGUUACAGGUGCAAGUGUCGGUGCUGAAAGAGGAGAAGCGAAAUCUGCUGCGACAAGUGGACGAGCUGAACAGAACGAGGCAAUGCAACGAGAGCGUAUUGCACAGGCACCGGAGCCAGUCGUUCUCGGAACAACGUGGCUCUCAGCGAAAUCCGAGGAACGCGGCCACUCCGACGAGAGACAUGGGAACGAUGUGCGGCGUGAUGACACGUGACGUCGGUGUUUCGCACCAGCAGGUUCGAACCCGAGAUAUCGGCAUGAUAACGAGCACGCCGAUAAAACGAUCCCUGCAACGGAGUCGAUUGCAGAUCGAAGAAAUCGUACCUGAAAUUAAAGACCAGAUCACAUUGUUCGACGAUCGAACGUCACUGAGCCUUGAUAAACUAUACUCGAGCGAUUCUCGCGACAGUUGGAGGUCGAUCGUAACUCGUGACCAACCGAUGUACGAAGACCGUGCAACGCCGGAAUUAAAGAUGAGGAAUCGUUUGAAAAGAAGUCCGCUUCAGAUGGAAUCGAUACCACCGACGAGUCCGAAGCUGGCCAGAGAUACGAAGAAAUUUCGCGAUGUUGGGGUAAACACGCGAAACAGAAUGCGAUAUCUCGUACACAGCCGAUUUGUAAUCGAAGAUAUAGCGCCGGAGGUAAAGAGGGAAGCGAAGAGAAGAUCGUGCGGAACAGCGACAGGGUUACACAUGAAGGACGUUUUAACGAAAGAUGAUGUCGCGGUUAUCGUGGACGACGCUCUCAGGAUUUACAAGAGUACCUUGAUCAAAGACACAAUUUCCAGAGGUUGCCAGUGUAACCUAGAUCCGACGAAAAUGAUCGAGAAGAGGGAUCAUUCGGUUCAGGUGGCGGAGCCGUUUAAACUGAAGACGAACGUGGGAGUGACGGUGAAACCGAGGGUGUCCGAAAUUGGAAUCGAGGUCAGAACUGGCCCCGGGACGAGGACCAUCGGCGUUGGUCCCGAUCCGCUUGCAACGCAGUCGUUAUCUUUACAUUCGAUGAACUCGAGAAGUCACUCGUUCAAUUACGGCGACAACAAGCUGAAGAGGAAACCUACGAGAUCGGUUAGCGUGAUGGUGGAUGAUUUGGUGAGGACCACGGCGAAGAGUACCGACACUUCCGGUCUAGCGCCAAGGAAACGAGAGUUUGGCACAUCGCCGAUAAAAAAGAAAUUCGCCGACGUCUCGGUUGGCGAGUCGGUCAAGCCUCACAUAUCAAUCUCGUGCGCUGCCAAUUACUGCGACAAUUGCAAGGAGACCAUAAAGAAUUUGGCGAAGCAGAUCGUCAACAACGCGGAGAACAAUAUGAAUCAUCAAAACACGAAUCUCGUCUCGAGGAUACCGAGACCGUCUCACAUACCGUUGAAUAACACGGUAGAUUAUAGGAGGCAAUUCAAGCGGCAGGAUACCUACACGAAGAUACCAGCUGCGAGUGUGAUUAGAUACGAUACCGAUAACAAGGAACAAUAUGACAAUAGCAAUCGUAUCCAGCAGUUGCAAGAGGAAAAACGAAAAGAUGACAAAUCAGAGGAUAUAUAUAAUACAGAAAAACAAACAGAUAGCGAGGAAAAACAAGAACUUCCAGAGUCUGCGUUAUUUCAACCUAUACAAGAAAAGCCCAGGAAAAAAGUUGAACCUUCGAAAGAGAUGCAAGCCGCCAUGAAAGUUCUGAAUGACAGUCUUAAAAAAUCUCCUAGCAAAAACAUCUCUCAUCAAAUGAAAAAUGCUAUUAACAUCAUCCAACAAGAAUGGUUCAAAGUCUCCAGCACAGUGAAUGCCAAUCCCUUAGAAGUAGAAGAUUAUUUAGAUUGUUUUGAAGAAUGUUCAAGUUCUAUAUUGGAGUAUAUUGUUAACAUGACUGAUUCAAGUGGGAAUACUGCAAUGCAUUAUGCAGUAUCUCAUGGAAAUUUUGAUGUCGUAUCUAUACUUCUUGAUUCAAAAGUUUGUGAUAUUAACAAAGCAAAUAUGGCUGGAUACACAGCUGUGAUGCUGGCAGCUCUAGCUGAAGUCAGAAAUUCCACUCAUGCUUCAGUGGCUAACAGAUUAUUCCAACUUGCAGAUGUUAAUAUUCGAGCAAAAUUACAUGGUCAAACUGCCUUGAUGUUGGCAGUAUCUCAUGGUCGUAAAGAUAUGACUCAAUUACUCUUGGAUGCUGGAGCAGCAGUUAACAUUCAAGAUGAAGAUGGCAGUACAGCUUUAAUGUGUGCCGCGGAACACGGACACACGGACAUUGUACGAUUGUUACUUGCGCAUCCAGACUGUGAUCCAUCAAUCGUUGAUAUAGAUGGUAGUUCUGCUCUAAAAAUUGCAUUAGAAGCGGGCAAUCGAGAUAUCGGCGUAUUACUUUAUGCCCACGAGCGUGUGAAUAGAGGAACAAGUCCAUACUCAUCGAUGAGGCGUAGGAGAGGUUCUAAACCAACAACACCUACUGGCCCUUCCCCUUCAGCCCCAGUAAGCCCAGCUCCAUCUCGACGAAUCCAUUCUUCAACAGUUUCUCUGAACACUUCAAAAUAUUCUGCUAAAUAAUUCAUGAUAUCCGAAGACUUUUUUUUUAACAUACUAUCAAAUAGUUUUCAUUAUAAUCUUAUCGUAUAAGUAAGCAACAAUACAAUCGGCGUUCCGUGUUUCCUAUAUUUAUUGCUAUCGUGUUUAUCGUCGAUUUACGAUAUUUUACAGUGUUAACUUUUUAGGAUAAAACAAUCAUGUUCUUGCCUAAUCAUUCAUCAGCCUCGGCGCAAGCAUUUAAUUUAAAGUGUCUAUUUAACUGCUCAACUUUGUAUACAAUUAUUCAAGAAAAGUUUGAGAAUGUUUUGUAAAGUUAGUUGAUAGGAAGGAUAUAUGUGAAACACGUUGUUUCGCAUCGUUAGUAGAUAGAAAGGAUUUGUAUAAAGUUUGAAACAUCUUUCUAGGUGCUAUUAAAAUGAAAAGAUGAAUCCAGAAAGGAUGAAUUUCAUUGUUGAUAAAUUUUAUACGAUGUCACGAGAGAAUAUGAAACGGUAAUUAAAAUGAUUACCUUCAAAAUUUCAUUUUUAAAUUUUUAGAAACCAUAUGUGAAAGUACAAAAAAAUUUCUUAUAUAUAAAUGCGAGUCACAGAGAAAGAAUCAAGUACGUAAUGUCUUCCAACAUCCUGUGGCAUUGAACAUUCCAAAAAACGAAUCGACAAAAAAUCUGAAUUUCUUGUCGCAGAAAGUUUUUCUUAUACAUGCUCUAUAACAUAUUCGACUGUCAGGCCUAAUUUCCGUUAAAUCCUGGGGAUCAAACUAUCAGUAGAAUAACUGUGUACUGAUACAAAUAGUGGAAAACAAUAUAUGUGUAAUGAUUACAUGGUGCACAAACGCGAGAUUUGUAAUUUUCGCGACUAAUGUUGAAUUUAUGUACGGAGAAAUUUGUAGAACUUAUUGAUGAUCGUUCGAUGUUAAAGUAGAAAUGUUAUAGAUGUGAAAGUAUAAAUAUAACAUCCGUGGAUAACAAUAAAAUAUCGAAGGGCAUACGAGAUAAAUCUACUGACAAUGAGUUUAAUAGUUGUUGACAUUAUUUCAGGGUACAUAUAUAUUAUAUCGUAUAGAAGAAAAUACAAAAAUGUAAUUUUAUUUCAUUCCUCGUUUAUCUUCGUGUUACCUUCGUGUUAGGAAUUGGAUGUCUAAGAAAAACCUUAACGUUGAACGUUUUCACACAUAGGAUUGUGAAUAUUUAGAAAUAAUGAACGUAUUUAAGUUCAACAUCAAAGAUUUAGGCUAACGCUAUAACGAGUAUUCCUACCGUUAAGAAUUUCUAUUAACGUUAAGUGACGAUUAUGUAUCAAAGAUAGUACUGAAUCAAGUAAUAGACUCGUAAAAAUCUAGAAAGUAGAUAACUACUUUUCAUUGUUUGUGCCUUUAUAUUUAACAUGUAAUUGAUAAUAAACUUGAGAAGAAACAAUAUAAGAUAAUUGUAUGAUGUAAAAUUUACCAAAAAUUAAUAUAAACAAUAUAUUACAAA